AUGGCUACUUCAAAGGCACCCGCGGCUAAGACAGGGCGAUCCCCUAUCCCCAACCUCUUUGUUAUAGCCAUGAACACUCUCUCUCUUAUGUUGAACCAGGCUGCUCAGGAAAUGAAAUUCAACUACCACCUCAACUGCCAGACCUCCAAACUCACCCACUUAAGCUUUGCGGAUGACUUGCUAAUCUUUAUAGAUGGGUCUCUCAGCUCGGUUCAGGCUGUCCUCCUGGUUCUUCGAGAGUUCGAAUUAAGAUCAGGCCUUGCUGUCAGUGUCCAAAAGUCCUCCUUCUUCGCAUCUGGCCUAUCAACUCAUGAAACACACCUGAUCCAAUUCUCAACAGGGAUGCCAAUGGGCACGCUACCAGUUCGCUACUUGGGGAUUCCAUUAUGCAUUAAAAAGCUAUUUCUCCUAAAUUGUGAAGUCCUCCUCCAGCAGAUAAAGAGCAGAUUGUCAUCUUGGAGCGCUAAAUCACUGUCCUUUGUUGGAUGUCUCCUCCUCAUAAAAGCUGUUAUCACUGGCAUAACAACCUUCUAG